AUUCCGUAGGAAAGUGUGUCUGCACCGGAGAAUCCUCGGGGCGGGCGGGGCCUCGGGCGCGCCUGACGCAAAAUGGUUAAAACAAAGUCCGCGCGCGGCCCCGGGCUCCCCGUAUGAAAAGUGUGAGCGCCGGUGGCCGGCAUCCCCUGGCUGACUCGCGGGACUACCGGGAGGAUGGGAUGGACCUCGGCAGCGACGCCGGCGGCAGCAGCAGCCUCAGCAGCAGCCGCUCGGGCUCCCAGCCCAACUCCACCAAAGUGACCCCCUGCUCGUCGUCGCCGGGGGGCAGCCUGGACCUGGUGUCUGCACUGGAGGACUAUGAGGAGCCCUUCCCGGCCUUCCCCAAGACGGUGAUUGAUGAGUGGGCGCCGGGGGACGAGGACGAGGAGGACGAGCGCGGGGGCCGGGAUGGCCGCUGUCCGGCGGCGCGGGAGCCGGGCGCCCUGAGCGUCGCCGCCUCCGCCAUGCCGCCGCCCGUGCCCAACGGCAACGCUCACCCGCUCGACCCGCAGGACCUCGGGCACAACGGCAACGUGGUCGCGGCCGGCCGGCCGGGCGGUCCCCGGGCGCCCCGCCGAGCGAUCCAGAAGCCGCCGGCGGUGACGGGGGGCCGGCGCGGAGGCCCGGGGCCGCCGGCGGCCGGGGGGCGCUGCCCUCCGCCCGCGGACGGCGGGACGUGCGUCCCCGAGGAGCCCCCGGCGCCCCCCAUGGACUGGGAGGCGCUGGAGAAGCAUCUGGCCGGCCUGCAGUUCCGGGAGCAGGAGGUGCGCAACCAGGGCCAGGCGAGGACCAACUCCACCUCCGCACAGAAAAAUGAGAGAGAGUCUAUCAGACAGAAGUUGGCCCUGGGAAGCUUCUUUGACGAUGGCCCAGGAAUUUACACCAGCUGUAGCAAAAGUGGGAAGCCAAGCCUCUCCUCCCGCCUCCAGAGUGGGAUGAACCUGCAGAUCUGCUUCGUCAAUGACAGUGGCAGCGACAAGGACAGCGAUGCCGAUGACAGCAAAACGGAGACCAGCCUGGACACCCCUCUGUCCCCCAUGAGCAAACAGAGUUCUUCCUAUUCCGACCGAGACACCACCGAAGAGGAAUCGGAAUCUCUGGACGACAUGGACUUCCUCACGCGACAAAAGAAAUUGCAAGCCGAAGCCAAGAUGGCCCUGGCCAUGGCCAAACCCAUGGCCAAAAUGCAAGUCGAAGUGGAAAAACAGAACAGGAAAAAGUCUCCGGUGGCUGAUCUCCUGCCGCACAUGCCUCAUAUAAGCGAAUGCUUGAUGAAAAGAAGUUUAAAGCCCACGGACCUGAGAGGCAUGACAAUUGGGCAGCUACAAGUGAUCGUCAAUGACCUCCACUCGCAGAUCGAAAGCUUCAACGAAGAGUUGGUCCAGCUUCUCCUCAUCCGAGACGAGCUGCACACUGAGCAAGACGCCAUGCUGGUUGACAUCGAGGAUCUGACCAGACACGCCGAGAGUCAGCAGAAGCACCUGGCAGAGAAAAUGCCUGCCAAGUGAAGCGAAGCCGGCCACCCGGAGGACGAGCUAGAAUUUAUUUUGCUUCUGUGAUUGUUAAAAAAAAAAAUAAUGCCAUUGCUAAAGGUGACGCAGAAACAAACAAAUAUCAGUGUUUGUCAUGGUAAUGUCUGAAGCUUCCUGUUCAGUGAUCGGCCUUUGCUUCUUAAUUUAUUUUAAUUUUUUUUUUUUACUCGUGCCACUUAAUAUCGGGCAUUUUAAUAAAAUAUUGUUACAAAAACAAACCAACCCAACUGUACAGUACUUAACACCAUCGCGAAUCGUGGUUAGUCCAAGAGGGUAGUCUUCACACUUGAUUUUUUUUAUGGGUUUGGAGAUUUUAAGUUGGAGCAGUGUUCUUCCCGCCGACGGCUUCCACGCCCCCCUCCCCUCCCCCCCCGUAGUUUUCAGGGCCUGUGAACGAUGGUGCUACGUGACGCGUCCAUGCCUGCCUCCUCGUGACGUUAGAGCUCUCCCGACGACGCCAUCCCAACCAGUGCUCAACAUUUUGUGAAUGUUGACGAUCCGAAGUUCAUUUCUCAAUGUGCUGUUAUUAACAAUGUUGAAUUCAGAGGCUUCCUUGAAAGUUUUAUGUAUAAAUAUGUAUAAUAAAGAUUAAAACUUUGUUUCAUA